AUGAUUUCGGAGUUGGAAAGACUGGAUUGGAAACGAUUCAAGGGCGAGGGGCAGUGGAUAAGAUGCUUCACACAUAUCGUCAAUCUAAUUGUGAAGGCAAUCCUUCAACCGUUUGCUUGUAAGAAUUCCAAAGCUGGCACGCCUGAGUUUAAUGACUUGGAUGAAGAGGAGGAUGAAGAACUCAUUGAGAGAUUCAAUGAAGAGAAAGAGAACAGUGACUUGGACGAUGAUGAAGAUAAUCACCCACCGCGUGAAGGAAACAAUGAUCCAGAGCUCACAGUUGACGAUGAUCUCACUCUGGCCGAUCUUGAGGGUGUUGAACCAGAAGACUCCAAGGAUAGUUAUACUUCUGACUCGUGUCGCCAAUCCCUUGCCAAGUUCCGUCGAAUCGCCAUGAAACUCCAAAAGUCCCCAAACUCAAAGGCAAAAUUCAUCGAAAUUUGUCAAGAAGCCGAAUGCAAGACACCACACAAUAUUGAGCGUGACGUCCCUACUCGGUGGAACUCAACGUACAUGCAACUGUCAAGCAUUGUCCAAUGUGAGGAAGCUAUCUGUGAUUGCGAACAAGGAUCCCGAUCAGCAUCACCCUGUUGA